AUGUCCGGGUCCGGCUAUAUACGCUUCCUCCACAACACCGCUGGAAUGGCCACCGUUAACUCAUACACACGACGACCUCAGCGAUAUCGAAAGCCACCGCCGGAGUUUGUUCCCCUGCCGCCCUCUGCCGAAUAUCUUGCGCUUUCGGAGAUCCCAUCCGUUCCAUUACUAUCCGACAGCGAUAAACCUGAGUCGCGCAAAUUAUUGGUUCUUGACUUAAAUGGCACGCUUGUUUUACGUUCUCCAAGAUCUUAUAGUGGCCCGCGAACUGUAAUGCCUCGUCCAUUCUCGAAGACGUUUAAGGAGUACAUGUUCAGAGAGGGGAGUCAUUUGGAUGUGAUGGUAUGGUCAUCUGCACAGCCUCAUAGCGUUCAUUCUAUGCUGGGGUCAUUCUUCGGGCCCGACCGCAAUCGAUUAGUCGGCAUAUGGGCCCGAGACACGCUGGGGCUUCGACCUGAACAUUAUACGCAGAAAGUACAAACCAUAAAAGACCUUGACAUUAUCUGGGGCGCUCCUCCUGGGUUGCCCCCACCGGUAAAGAUUAUGCCUCCUCCACCUAUGGCGAUUUUAACAGACGACCCGACUUCUAUACCUGGCUACGACCCCUCCAAACCUCCUCCCGAGUCCAAAACCAUGAUAUAUACCAGCUUGCAACUCAUGCCCGAAUCAGUCCAGGAGAACAGUGAGACUGACAGAACUGGAUACUUUGAAAUUCCAGAGGUUAAAAAAGACGAUCCAAUUCCUGGGUUAUCGAGUAUAGAUCCAGAUGCUGGCGCUGUACAACCUGUGCUUCCUGUCGGGCCAUACUCUGCUCUAAAUUCAUUACUACUCGACGACAGUGCACUAAAGGCGCAUCUUCAACCGUACAAUCAUUUGACACUACCAGAGUACACCGCGGAUCUUCGAGCUCGGGACGUGAGACGGCAAGAAGCGAUCGAAGCACUGGCUAAUGCUGAAACGAUGACACUGGAAACCGGAAUUGACGAAGAUAGCAAAGAGUCUGACGGUCUGAUAGAGAAGGGUGGUAGAGAUAUGGGAGGCAAGUUCACAGAAAGCGAAGGCGAGUACUUGCCAAUUCUUGCACGCACCCCAUACGACAAAUCACUUCUUGCGGUUAUCGGCGUGUUGGAUGCGAUACGUUAUGAAUCAAGUCUUGUCGGGUGGAUGAAAGCAGGGGGUAUGCGUCCCAACGAAGAAGAAAUGCAGAAGGUAGCCGCAUUAUUUCUGCAGGACAACCAGGAUCGACGGGGAGAUUCCGACGGAAGGUUACAAGAUACUGGCUACGAUAGAGACCAGGCAACAUUACAGGCGAUUCCUAUAAAACGAUCAUCGGAUUCCUUGAUUGGUGCUGAGCAAUCGAGCCCAAAAGACCUCGCCCCGAUUUACCGAGAGCGGAUUCGCCUCUUGCGUCCUCAGCAGAGCAGGCCCCGAACCCAGAAGUAUAGAGGACGAUCCUGCCGCCAUUUCCACGAUUCCCUUUCUACCGACGAAGCCCCCACGUCCCAGCCUUCCAAGCGCAGGCGCCACCGUACGCGCCAAAAACCUACAUAUCCUAUAGAUCAUCCGCUCAGUGCAAACGAUCCAUAUCCUUUCUUUACAGACGGAAAGCCGGAAACGAAACUAUGGUUUCAGGACCGGGAUACGUACACAUACUGGGUCCGACGGGGAUUGUUAGCGCUAAAAGAGUGCAAAAUUGAACCCGAAGCUGGAGUCGAAGUGGAUAUUUAG